UAUCUUACAGGUGCUUGCGUACAUUUCCGGCAUCUUUUGUUUCAGUACAUUGCGGAGAACAGUUAUUUCCAACUUCCAAUGGAGAAUCAUGCUACCAGAGGCAGUGCUACAGGCUCUAGAGGAAGGGGGAGACACGAAUCAGAAAACCCACAUCACAAUCGUAAUUUCUCGCAGAAUUCAGACCAGAAUCGCCGGUGGGCGGCGGCCCAUGUGAAGAAAUCGAGCCGGGGACGAUCGUUCCGUGAUCCGGCCACGCCCAACUCGGCGGCGCCUGGAGGGAAUGGCGGCGAUGGCGGGAGAGGAUCUAGUGGCCGGGGACGCGGCGGGAAAGGUGGGGCCCACUAUGUGGCCCGCCAACGGAGUUCGGAGCCUGCUGGGACGACUGCCGCAUUCGCCACAACUGGAGCCUCCGGACAAGCAAGCCGACCCCCUAUCAAUUCCUUUUCGAUGAGCACUGCUUCUACAACCUCUGUUACACAUUUCCCUGGUGCACCAGACCGAUAUUGCUGGUCCCACCAGUGCUCUGUGCUCAUCUCGUGGCGUAUGGGGCCAGCAGUAUGCCGACUCCGAUAUGUGCUCGCCACCUUCAUCAGCAUCAUCUUCUUCUUGGCCAUUGUUGAUCACUUCAAUGAGGUUGGUGACUCCCCAAAGGUGCAUGCUGACCUCAAGAAUCGCAUGAUUUCCAGUUGAUAACCGUCCGACAAUCUCGGAUGGACCAUCUCCCAAAAACUGUCCAGAUUGGAAGAUCCCAGCUACCAAUCUUGGGUCUCUCUCUCUCUCUCUCUCAACCCCAAAGUGUUUGUGUUUCUUUGUUUGAUGCCUGUGGGCAUAGCUAGUUUGAGUAGUUGUGUGUUUUGGGAGAGUUGUUUGAUUAGGUUAUAGAGUGUUGGUCUUGUGAUGGAUUGUGGGUGUUGCUUUGUUUCAUGUACUCUUAUUCGACUCAUGUCUACUAUGGUUUGUUGUUUGUAUUUGAAAGGUGUUAGUCUCCUAGUAAAUUUUACUUGUGUGGAAGAUUUUCUUUUAAAUUAUCAAGGUUUGCUA